AUGCGCCGCGAACCAAACUCGGCGGUCGUACUUCAUGCUCGUCUACGUCACGAUCUCUCCGUCGACAUUCAAGAUCUAGCGAGGGAAGAUACCAAGGAGGAACAUUGGCAGGAUAAAGAACAUAUUGUUUAUCCACCGGCUCUAAUAGUAAUAAUAAUUGAAUUUCUAACAGAUUGGGAAGAACAUGGCGCUACUGACAAAUCUCAUAAAAAAUUACAAAAAGAUACUCGUGGUAGAGACGAUAUGCUGAAUUGA